UACAAAGGGUCGAUUUAGCGACGUCGCGCUGUGGAAGAAAAGACUAGAGAAGAUUGACAAGUGAUCAUAUGAGAGAGAUGUCAACCCUAAGCCACCAGCACCACCAUGUUCUCGUCCUCCAACUCAUCCUACUUCUGCCCUUUCUCCACCUCGUUGUCCCCGGAACGCCAGCCGCCGCCCGCAAGUUCUCCGACGUGUUGGCGAGCGGCCGCAACGUGAGCGACGGCGACGUGCUCGUCUCCCCCGGCGGGUCCUUCACCCUCGGCUUCUUCUCCCCCGCCGCCACCAGGAGGAGGUAUCUCGGGAUUUGGUUCUCCGUCUCGCCGGACGCCGCCGUCCACUGGGUGGCCAACCGUGACCACGCUCUCAACGACACCUCCGGCGCACUGAUGCUGACCGACGCCGGCGUCCUCCUCCUCCUCGACGGCUCCGGCAAGGUGGUGUGGUCCUCUUCCGCCACCGCGCUGCCUUCCGCGACUACCUCCGCCGCGGCGCGGCUGCUCGAUUCCGGCAACUUGGUGGUGCAAGGGCAGGGCUCCGGCACCGCCCUGUGGCAGUCGUUCGACUACCCCACCAACACCCUGCUGCCCGGCAUGAAGAUCGGCAAGAACCGGUGGACCGGCGCCGAGUGGUACCUGCUGUCGUGGCGCUCCCCCGCCGAUCCUUCUCCGGGGAGCUACAGGUACGUCACCGACGGCGACGAGGCGCUGCCGGAGAACGUCGUGCUCGACGGCAAUGGCACCGAGGUGUACCGGACCGGGGUGUGGAACGGCAGGAGGUUCAACGGCGUCCCGGAGAUGGCGUCGUUCGCGGACAUGUUCAGCUUCCAGCUCACGGUCAGCCCGGGCGAGGUCACCUACGGCUACGUCGCCAAGGCCGGGGCGCCGUUCUCCCGCGUGGUGGUGACCGACGACGGCGUGGUCCGGCGGCUGGUGUGGGACGCGGCGACGCGGGCGUGGAAGACGUUCUUCCAGGCGCCGGGGGACUCCUGCGACAGCUACGCCAAGUGCGGCGCGUUCGGCCUGUGCGACAGCAACGCCGGCGCGACGUCGAUUUGCCGGUGCGUGAAGGGGUUCAGCCCGGCGUCGCCGGCGGAGUGGUCGAUGAGGGAGUACUCCGGCGGGUGCCGCCGGGACGUGGCGCUCGACUGCGGCACGGACGGGUUCGCCGUGCUGCGCGGGGUGAAGCUCCCUGACACGCGCAACGCGUCGGUGGACAUGGGCGUCAAGCUGGACGAGUGCAGGGCGAGGUGCGUUGCCAACUGCUCGUGCGUGGCGUAUGCCGCGGCGGACUUGAGCGGCGGUGGGUGCAUUAUGUGGACAAAGCCUUUCGUCGAUUUACGUUUCAUCGACAAUGGCCAGGACAUCUACCAGCGGCUAGCGAAAUCUGAAAUAGGUAGGCCGCCGCACUGGAAGUUGCCUGUCGUCAUAACAGUUGCAGUAGUGUUGGUGAUUAUUGUUGUUUUUGUUUUGGUUUGGGCUGUCAAGCGAAAGCCUCGUGAGGGGGGAAUUCGACGAAGUGUCUCUCCGGGCAUUACUUCCAUUGACCGUGUUACACUACAAAAUGCCACAGAAAAUUUUGCGAAGGAAAAACUCAUUGGCGAAGGAAAUUACGGAAGAGUUUAUAAGGGGAUUUUACCCGCCGAAUCAACUAUAACGGGAUCGCGUCAAGAAAAUGAGAUCGUUGCCGUAAAGCUGCUGCAACCAUCAGGCACUGGCACUUUCGUAGCAGAAUUGGAAGCUAUGUUUAACGCAAUUCAUGUCAACCUUGUUAGGCUCCUUGCAUUCUGCAGUGACAACGACGAUCGGCAUACAGGAGAAAAGUUCAGGGCACUAGUUUAUGAAUACAUGCCCAACAACAGCCUGCACCACUACAUAUUUGCUCAGAAUUCAGAGCUUCGUGCAAUGCUGGACUGGCCGCUGAGGCUGAAAAUUGUUGACGGUAUCGUUGAAGGUAUCCGGUACCUGCACGUGGGAUCAAACACGCCUAUUAUCCAUAGAGAUCUUAAGCCUUCCAACAUACUGCUGGGUAGGGAUUGGACACCCAAGAUAUCAGACUUUGGCCUGGCGAGGUCAUUCAUUCCUGAUUCGACAAAUGAACACACACGCGUUGUUUCUCUAGGUUACACAGCUCCAGAGUGCUGGCAGUUGGGGAGGGUAGAACCCGAGUCAGAUGUCUACAGCUUCGGAGUGAUUCUCCUCGAGAUGAUUAGCGGGAAACCAAAUGGUCUCAUGCAGCAGCUACUGCCACAUAUGAAGGCAAUGAAAUACCUGAAGGCAAUGAAAUACCUGACCCGGCAUCCUGUAACCACAGAGUUUCAUCAGAUCUGGACAAUUUGACAAUAUAUGACCAAAUUUCUUACAAGUGAAACAGAGAGAUGGAUUGGGACAAUUAGCCUGGUGGUGUCCCCCUUUGCCACACUUGUAACACUUUCUCACUGGAUCCUCAUCUCUGAGAUUUAGAGCUUGGUCUCUCUUGAUUGGGCUUUACCACCUAGAGAGAAGAUAUCGAACGAGGUGAACCAUGUAGGGAAGGCUCCCAUGUUUAAUGGCACAAAUUACUCCACUUAGAAAAUUAAAAUGUCUACUCACCUUAAGGCUAUGAGCUUCCAUAUUUUGAGUAUUGUGGAUGUAAGCUUUGCUAUCACCGGCUCAUCCCUGACGGAGAUUGAUCACCGCAACCUCCAACUCAAUGCUCAAGCUAUGAAUGCAUUGUUCAACUCUUUAAGUCAAGAAGAGUUCGAUAGAAUGAGCAACCUUGAGACGGCAUAUGAGAUUUGGAACAAGUUGGUGGAGAUUCAUGAGGGCACAAGUGAAUAUAAGGAUGCCAAGCUUCAUUUCCUCAAGAUCCAAUAUGAGACAUUCUCCAUGUUGCCUCAUGAAAGUGUGAAUGAUAUGUAUGGGAGGCUCAAUAUCAUUAUAAAUGAUCUCAAAGGGCUUGGGGCAACCUACACUGAUCUUGAGGUUGCCCAAAAGAUACUUAGGGCUCUACCAGACAAGCAUGAGACCCUAGUCACCAUACUUAUCAACUCCGACAUGUCUAGAAUGACCCCCACAAGCCUCUUGGGGAAGAUCAACACUAAUGAUAUGUACAAGUUGAAGAAGAAGGAGAUGGAGGAAGCAUCUCCAUCCAAGAAGUGCGUUGCUCUCCAAGCCGAAGUGGAAGAUAAGAGCAAGAGCAAGGUGAAUGAAGCAAAUGAUAACUUGGAAGAAGAGAUUGCCCUUCUUGAUAGAAGGUUCAAUGAUCUAUUGGGAAGAAGAAAGGAGAGAGGAAAGGGCUCUAACUCCAGUACAAGAAGAAAUAGGAGACCCAACAAGACUCUCUCCAACUUGAGAUGCUUUGAGUGUGGUGAAAAGGGGCACUUUGUUUCCAAGUGUCUUUCAAAGGAUGAUGAUGGAGACAAGUAAUCCAAGAAGAAGAAUGGAUGCUACAAGCUCAUGAAGAAGUUCAUGGAGAUCCCUUUUUUGCCUCCCGCCUUCAGCAGCGCUCCGGGAGAUGAUGGUCGGCAUCCCUUCAUCAUCAACCUGCACAAGCCGGUGGACAGCAUUUUGCCCCUCCCUCUGUGGCGGGAGAGAAAAUGCCGCCCACCUAUCUCUUCAGCCCCUUGGCGUGGCAGGAGAGUUGGGGGAAUUGCCCCCUGCUCUCCCGGGCCAGUGGCAACAGUGGCUCAGAAGAAAGUGAUGUGUUGCUUGGGGUUCUCUGCGAAGGAUAAAGGAAUUAGUCAAGAAGCUAAGGAAAGGUACUCUAAAUUGUUUCACAAUCCUCUUUCUUAUGCCCAUUUAGCGGCUUUGGCAGCCAUUUUUGGUUGGAAAACAAAUGAGGAUCAAGUCCAUCCCUCAAGCCUGGUUUGUGUUGCUUGAUCUGUUCGUUUUGGUCCAGUGGUCUCCUCUAAAGUUUCUCUAUGUCAGAUCCUUCUAAUAUUUUGGUGUGGAAUGCACACGGGCUCAAUAGUCCGGACAUGCACAAUUCAGUUCGUGAUGUUCUUUCUUCCAAUGCGGAUAUAAUUUUGUGACUCUUCCUGCUGUUGGCACUUGUGGGGGUAUCCUGCUCACGUGGAAAAGUUCUGUUUGCCAAGUUAUUUUGUCCCGUGUGGAUUCUUUCUCCCCGUCAGUCCAUUUCAGUGAACUUGAGGGUCGCAAUUGGCUGCUAACAGGAGUUUAUGGCCCUCAGGAGGAUGAUGAGAAAGUGCUCUUUUUACAAGAAUUAAGAGAUAUUUGUGCUCUCUGUGCUGGGCCUUACCGCUCACUGUGCUGGGCCUUGGCUUGUGGUAGGAGAUUUUAACUUGACUAGCAUAGAUGCCCGUGCGUUGCAACGGAAAAAACUAAUAUUAUGAUAAUGAUCUAUCUAUUAACUUAGUAAAAUAAUAGAGAAAGCAACAUUCACGUUAGAUCUCAUGGUGUAGAAAUUCUCAUACUAAUUAGAGUAAAAUAAAAAAAAAAGAGAACUCAUUGUAGACUAGGACUCUUUCAUUUUCUUUUAUUUUUUUUUAAAAAAGAUCAUGUUAUAUAUGUGUAUUGUCCAAUCGGACACCUCUUUCAUUUUCUUUUUUUUUUAAAAAAAAACAUCACGUUAUAUAUGUGUAUUGUCCAAUUGGAUACCUGCAUAAAACAAAUCUUUUGCAACGAAAAAAUUAACUAAAUUGGAUAGAUUAAUCUGUCUAUAUAGAUAAUACAAUACAAAGUAUUCCUAUUUUUUAAACUUUUUGUUGAAUACAAUUUAGGAAAAGAAAUAAAAUUUGGAAUGAAUAAAAUAAAGAAUAUUAAAAGAUGAGUUUAGAGUACAUAUAAAAUAAAAUCUAUAAACAACAUAAAUUAUAGAUUAUAAAAUAAAUAAUAUUUGAUUAGGAGUCUAGAAUAUUCUCCAAAACCGGCUAGAGUGCAUAUAUAGUAACACAAUAUAGAAAAAGAAUUGAAAUUUGAAAUAAAAAAUAUUGAAAGAAGAGUUUAGAGUCCAUAUAGAAAUACAUUAGUGAAAAAUCAGAAUUCCAAAAAGAAUAUUGGAAGAAGAAUAGAGACCAUAUAGAAUAAAAAAUAAUUAAAAUUAUUUACUUUUAGUCUAAAUGUAAAUUCUAUGUCAUGACAAAUAAAUAAUUACAUUUUUUAUUGACUACAUUUAGCUAGAAAAAGUGACCGUGUGUUGCAACAGAAAAUACUAAAUACUAAAUCCAAAUCAUGUUAACACUUUCAGAAUCCCAAAUCCCUAAAAUCAAAUCUAAUUUGACAUGUUACCAAAUCAAUAGCAGUUGAGUCUAAUUUGAUAGAGUCCCAUAGGUUUUGAUGUUUUUAGUCUUAUGGUUCUUUGGUCAGGAGAUUAGACUAUUCGAGGCUGCAUAUUUAAUAGUUUAUGCGACCCCUUUGAAUAAGGACGUGGCUACAACGACGAGACGGUAGCUAGAUUGUCCUAACCAGCUAGGCAGCUACCUCACUCUCAGGUUCGGUUGCUAUUAGUACAUCUAAUAGUGCUUCUCUUUUUUUCUUCUUAUAGAAUUUUCUUUUGAUUUACUUAUUCAAUUUACGAUCCGAUUACACCAUUAUAUUCGUAACAAUUAAAUCUUUAUAACAAGAUCACACAUGAUUAUAUUUUAAUAAAAAAUAAUAAAUUACUUUUAUAAUAUAUCUAAAUUACUUUUAAAUUUCAUUAAAUUACCUCUUAGACAUAUAAAAGUAAAUUCAAUAAAACCUAAAAGUAAGUUACAUAUAUUAUAGAAGUAACUUAAAAGAAAAAGAAUGUAACUUGUCACGACAAUAAGAGUAAAUCUAUUGUGGGGUAAAAACAUACAUCUAUCUAGAAAUUAUAUUUAAUAAACAUAUUAUAGAGCUAACCAACAAAGUAAAUUGUUCACUGAAUAUCUAAAAAGUAAUCUAAUCAAAUAUAAAAGUAAUUUAUAUAUAUGAUAAAAGUAACUUAUAUAUAUAAUAAAAGUAAUUUACAACAUAAAUAUUUUUUUCAUCAUAAUAUAAUCAUAUAAGAUCUUGUUAUAAAGAUUUAAUUGCAACGAAUACCAUGGUGUAAUCGGAUUGUAGAUCGGAUAAAUAGUUUAAGAGAAAAUUCUAUAAGAAGAACAAAAAUGAUAUGGACUAUUGGGUGUACUAGUUGUGCUCUAGUUAAGGCUAAAUCGAGAGUGGUAUAUGGAUGUCUCUCGUUAAGGCUAAAUCGAGAGCAGUCUCGGUUUAGAUUUUACCUUUGAAUAAGUAUAUCGGUCUCAUCUGAUCAGUUCUAAUCAAUCAAAAUUACAGUAACCACAUGAUUAAUCCUAUAUGUACAUGGAACCCAUGGAUGAACAUAAAUAAUUAAUUUGUAUUGUCUCAAUUAAUUACGUAGUUAAUUUGUAUUGUACAUGGAACCCAUGGGAACUGCUUGGUUUGUUGGGACCGAGUGUGUCGGCCCCUAUCUUUGGGAGAACUUGGUAUUCUUAAUCUUGAAAAGAUGGGGUGGGCUUUGCACAUGAGAUGGCUUUGGUUAAAAAAAACAGACUCUUCAAGGCCUUGGGCUGGUUUAUCCAUCAAAACUCCCUUUUUGAUGUUUUCAAAACUACAGUUUGAAAUGGAGAAAUUACCAAGUUUUGGAGUGACAGAUGGCUGCAAGGGAAGACGAUUGCUAAACUAGCUCCUAAUC